AUGAAGCUUCUGUCAUCAUCGUGCGUCGAACGGAUUGGGAGUACACACGGUCUGCUGACUAAGGACGCCGUGCAGGGAUGGGUGGCCAAAAUUAAGCCGCGGCCCACCCGCGGGCCGUCUCCAGACUACUGCGACCGUCUCGACGCUCCUUUCUGGCCCCGGCCGACGCGUGUCUUGUCCGAGAUAGACUUCACUCUCACCCCUACAACUUCCAAGCAGUCGGGAGAAGCGCCUCCAAACCUCGAUUCAGUCGUCAACUCCGAGCCUGGCAGCGUAUCAUCAUCCAGGGAUACUCGCGAGGUCGGGGAUGCCAUGGCUUUAGGCGGCUCAUAUGCGUCCAAACAGAACAUCGUCAUCGGCGCCGUCCUGUUCAUGUUCGUCUGGUACCUGACCUUCAACAGCCAAGCGAACCCAGCAGGGAGUGUUAGCAAGACGGACACACUGCAGGUCGACUCAUCACAGCAUGAUGGCCCCCUCGAACUUGACGGGGCCCUUGAACUCGACGGGUCCCGUCCCGAGGGACAACCAGAGCUUCCCAUGCCGACCAAGCCAGUCAAGCCCAUCAACCCCUACAUAACAGAAGGGCAGCUCAACCCCUCCGGCCGCUCGACCAAGGGACCACUGUCUCCCCCCGCCGACGACCCAUGGCGGCCCCUGAUCCUAUAUGCCUUCUCCGACUCGCCCGUGUCGCGCGACAACCUGCGCUUCUUCCUCCACCACGGCCUGCAUGCCGCAGCCGACUUCAUCUUCAUCCUCAACGGCAUGAACAACGAGACGGCCCAGGAGCUGCUCAUCCCGCAGGGCGCGUCCAACAUCCGCACCGUCUACCGGCCCAACACGUGCUACGACCUGGGCGCAUACGGCGAGGUGCUCAGGGGGGAUAAGAUCAAGCUCGGCAUGAGCCCGGGUCGGCUAGAGCUGUACAAGCGGUACAAGCGGUUCCUGAUGCUCAACUCGAGCGUGAGGGGCCCCUUCCUGCCGCACUGGGGCCAGGGCGCCUGCUGGAGCGACAUCUUCCUGGCCAAGGUCAACAUCGAGACGAAGCUGGUGGGCAUGACGGCCAACUGCUGGCCGGCCUUCCACGUGCAGUCCGAGGUGUGGGCGACCGACUUCGUGGGCAUGGAGCUCCUCAUGCACCCGCCGCCGCCCGACGCCAACGCCACCAACGUCGACGCCUUCGCGGCGCGCGAGGAGCCCGUCGGGCUGGCCGGGUGCUACCCGGACCUCAACAAGGCGCUGCACGCCGAGCUGGGCGCCACGCGCAUCAUGCUCGACGCGGGCCACCGCGUCGACCUGCUCAUGAGCGCCUACCACGGCAUCGCCAACUACUCGGCCACCUGCGACCCGCAGCAGCACGGCGACAUGCUGUGGAACGGCAAGUACUACGGCACCAACGUGCACCCGUACGAGACCGUCUUUGCAAAGACGAACCGCGACAUCGACCCCGUGCUCGUCGACCGCCUGAGCGAGUGGCAGUGGGCCUCGGGCUGGCGGAGCUGGGAUAGCUGUGGGGCAUGGUCGACGUGGUGA